AUGGUUCAGGUCCCCAUGAGUACAACGGCUUCGAGCUCUACCAUGAGAGCCUCACCAUCCAUCGGUACGCCAAAUGGCAACUCAGGUUCCAAUCGAGGAAAAUCAAAUGGAAAUGGCAAUGCUUCCAAUCCAGCUGCAGCGCCUACAGCUUUGAGUGCUAUGAUCUCUCCACCUUUGGAUUUGACCAGCGUAGAGAGGAGGGGACAGCCGACGGCCAGCCGAGAGAAUCCUAAAAAGAUGCGUCCUCACGGUUUAGAAGAAGCGCCAACCUAUAGACCAACGGCAGAAGAAUUCAAAGAUCCCUACGCAUACAUUCGAAGUAUUGCGCCAGAAGCUCGGCAGUAUGGUAUUUGUAAAGUCAUUCCACCAGAUUCCUGGAAACCAGAGUUUGCGAUCGACACCGAGCGUUUUCACUUCCGCACGCGCAAACAAGAAUUAAAUUCAGUCGAAGGCAGCACACGAGCGAAUCUCACGUAUCUCGAUCAACUUGCCAAAUUCCAUAAGCAACAUGGCACAAAUCUCAAUCGAUUUCCUAGCGUCGAUAAACGGCCUCUCGACUUGUACAAACUCAAGAAGGCCGUUGAUACCAGAGGCGGAUUUGAGAAAGUCUGCAAGCUUAAGAAAUGGGCUGAGAUCGGGAGAGAUUUAGGAUACAGUGGGAAGAUUAUGUCCUCAUUAUCGACGUCAUUGAAGAACUCGUAUCAAAGAUGGUUGCAUCCUUACGAAGAAUACCUACGAUUGGCCAAACCCGGAGUACAUCAACAACUAGAGUAUGAAUACGGAGGACCACUUACACCAUCUCCUGCAAACUCGCCGAUGAAGAGAUCAGUACAACAUACACCAUCGAGUCUGAGGGGUGAAUCUCCUGCGAUGCGCGCAUCGGAUGCUUUGAACACAAGUGUAAUGAAGGAGGAAUUCGAAAAGAGCAUGAAGAAUAUUCCGAUGUUAGAUGCUCCGGUUGUACCGAAAUCACAAGCUACAUCUGGGUUUACUCCGGUGAAUGCGGGCGGGUUUACAGCUGUCAACUCUACACCUUCAUCAUUCACACCCGUCAAUAAUAAUCGCCGGGAACGAGAGUCAAGCGCUAGUUUUACACCAACGCCAAGAAGACCAUUCGACAGUCCGAUUUCCUCCGCUAAAAACACCCCCGAGUAUAAACCAUCUGCACUGAGUUCAGCUCCGGUAUUGAAUGGUUUUACUUCUAAUCCAUUACUCAAGAGACAAUUGAGUCAUGAAAGUUUGGAUUCGGGUAAAGGAAGUCAACCACCGGAAGAUUCAGAGAAUGGCGGAAGACGUAGCAAACGACUUAAGAAAGAUGCUGUACCAACUGUGGCUGGAUCACAUAUGACCCAAUUUCGACCAACACCACCUAGAAAUCCAGGAGAACGUGGAUCCUCAACACCUGGGGAGGUCAGUAGUGAUUCUUCUUUAUCCUCUAUCUCCUCUACCAUUUGUUCGGACACAUACUUAGAUUCAGAUCAGAAAUGUGAGACUUGCGGCAAGGGUGAUGAUGCUGAUAAAAUCCUGAUUUGUGAAUCAUGCGACUAUGGUCAUCAUAUGCAAUGUCUUGAUCCUCCCGUUACCCAUAAACCAGAUUUUGAUUGGCAUUGUCCUAGGUGCUUGGUCGGAGAUGGUCAAUUUGGAUUUGAAGAAGGUGGGAUCUACUCACUAAAGCAGUUUCAAGAAAAGGCAGCAGACUUCAAGGAAGGAUACUUUCAAAACAAAAUGCCAUUUGAUCCCGUUCUCAAUUGCCCGCGACCAGUUACGGAAGAUGACAUUGAAAGAGAAUUCUGGAGAUUGGUUGCAAGCCUAGAAGAAACUGUUGAGGUGGAAUACGGUGCUGAUAUUCAUUCAACUACACACGGAAGUGGAUUUCCCACCCUAGAAAGACAACCACAAAAUCCCUACUCUACUGACCCCUGGAAUUUAACGAAUAUGCCACUUCAUGGAGAAUCCCUAUUCAGACAUAUCAAAUCGGAUAUCUCCGGUAUGACUGUACCAUGGUUGUACGUUGGAAUGAUCUUUUCGACUUUUUGCUGGCACAAUGAGGAUCACUACGCAUAUUCCGCAAACUAUCAACAUUUUGGAUCCACAAAGACUUGGUACGGCAUUCCAGGAGAAGAUGCCGAGAAAUUCGAAGACGCCAUGCGGGAAGCUGUACCCGAAUUAUUUGAAACACAACCUGACUUAUUGUUUCAAUUGGUCACACUAUUAACCCCGGAACAACUGAAGAAAGCAGGCGUCAGGGUGUAUGCUUUGGAUCAAAGAGCUGGCCAAUUCGUCAUCACCUUUCCCCAAGCAUACCAUGCUGGAUUUAAUCAUGGUUUCAACUUCAAUGAAGCCGUUAAUUUUGCACCCACUGACUGGGAACCAUUUGGGGAUUCUGGGGUUGAACGCCUCCAACAGUUCAGACGACAGCCGUGCUUUUCCCAUGAUGAACUCUUAUGGACUGCAGCUGAAGGUGCGGCAACUGGUGGUGUUACUAUUCAGACCGCCAAAUGGCUAGCCCCUGCCCUUGGACGACUUCGCGAUCGAGAGGUUUCACAAAGAAAAGAUUUCAUUGAUAAACACAAGGAAGAUGGCCAUACUUGUGUCAUUACGGAUGUCAUUGAAGGUGCUGGCCCCAGGUGUCAUAUUGGAUUCCAGAUCGAUGAAGAAGAUGUACCAGAGGAAGAGUAUCAAUGCACUCACUGCAAAGCUUAUGCGUACAUCUCAAGGUUCAAGUGUAACAAGAGUGGCAAGGUGUUGUGCCUUCUCCAUGCGGGUACUUACGAAUGUUGCGAUAUUACGGAAGCAGAAAGAUUUGCGGGUACUGACCAUACUCUUCAUUACCGUCGCACAGAAGAAGCAAUUUCAAGCAUGCACCAAAAGGUCGCUGAUAAAGCGGGUUUGCCUGAAAUCUGGGAAGAGAAAGUGGAAAAGUUUCUCGAAGAAGAUGCAACUCCAUCGUUGAAAACUUUGCGGACCCUUUUGAAUGAAGGAGAGCGCAUUCCGUAUGAUUUACCAUCCCUCCCUUCACUCAAGAAAUUUGUUGAUCGUUGUAACGAAUGGGUGGAAGAAGCAACAAACUACACCGUUCGAAAACAGCAGAACCGACGAAAGAACGAAAAGGCUUGGCGUAAAGGCAGUAGAGCCGCAGAAAUGGAAGAAAGGGACCGUGAAUUGAGAAAAUUCGAAAACGUGGUCAAGUUAUUGAAAGAUGCGGAUAGAAUUGGCUUCCAUUGUCCAGAGGUUGAUCAACUAAGAGAGCGAGCGGAUGCCAUCACGAAGUUCCAGACCGAUGCCAGAGCGGCUUUAGCCCACCCAAGUUCACGUCGUACGACUGAGUUCGAAGAACUUCUAGAAGUUGGACGAGGAUUCAAUGUUGAUAUGGUCGAGAUUGAUAAGCUUGAGAAGGAAGUCCAACAGAUGAAGUGGAAUGAUCGAGCCCGUGACAACCGCGGAAUUUUCCUCUCUUUGAAGGAAGUCAGCGAUAUCAUUGACGAAGCUACUAAACUUCAAGUGUCGGACUAUAACGAUUACUUGAGCUACUACAAGGAACAGAAGAUCGCUGGUAUGAAUUGGGAAAUAAAAGCCAAAGAAGUUAUUGGUGCAGAGACUGUUCACUAUCCACAAUUGGAAGCUUUGUCUCAACAAGCUCAGGCUGCGUCGCUACCUGUAUCACAAGAAACAUUGGCCAAGGUUGAUCAAAUACUGAACAAGCAUCGAGAAGUUCAUAAACAGAUCGUAUCGCUGUAUGACCGUUGUAGGGAUCCCGAUUUCAUGAAACGUCCUGCCUAUGCAGAGGUCGCUCUUCUUCAAAAGGAACUUCAAGGAUUGGGUAGUAAACCAAGCGGUACUCUUGAUUUGGAAAAAGAAAUCAAGCGACAUGAGGAUUGGAUGCGAGAGGGGAAGAAGCUAUUCGGCAAGGCAAAUGCCCCUCUACAUAUCCUCAAACAACAUAUGGAGUAUGUUAUGGAACGAAAUGUGGAUUGCUUCGAUAUCAGUCAAGAUAAACCACGACUUCCGGCUGAACCAUUAUCUCGCGAACCUUCCCCUUCAAACGACAAACUACACAGUUGGGAAGAUCCAAGAUUUCGGGAGGUAUUCUGUAUUUGUCGAAGAAUUGAAGCCGGUAUGAUGAUUGAGUGUGAGCUUUGUCAUGAAUGGUACCAUGGCAAAUGCUUAAAGAUUGCUCGUGGUAAAGUUAAGGAUGAUGACAAGUAUACUUGUCCAAUUUGUGAUUGGCGCGUAAAGAUUCCUCGCGACGCGGCUAGACCCAAGCUUGAAGAUCUACAAACAUGGCAAGAUAAGAUUCCGUCAUUACCAUUCCAGCCAGAUGAAGAGGCUAUCCUCGAAUCAAUCAUAAACAAUGCUCAGGAGUUCCGAAAUCAUAUUGCACCCUAUUGCAAUCCAGUCAUGUCAACAGCAGACGAAUCCGAAACUCAACGAUUCUAUUUACGAAAGAUUGAAGGUUCAGAAAUCUUACUUGCCUAUGAAACCAACUUCUUCAGACAAGAACUUCACAAAUGGUCACCAGUCGCGCCGGAUCCUCCGCCAGUACUGGAAUCUUCGAAAUCAACACGAAAGCCUAGACCAACAAAACUUCAGAAGUUGAUGGCGCAGCACGGUGUUAAUGACCCCGAAGCUUUACCACAAAAUUUGAGAACCAAACCUCAUAACUUCAAAAGGAAGAGCAGUGAGCCUAGUGGAAGUCGACCAAUGCCUUUGCAACCUGCUCCAGGAAGAUCACAGCCUGGGACCCCUACUACUCAUAGUUUUGGAUCUAGUUCUGGACCAAGCAUGGCAACUAUGGGUUCGCAUGGUCCGAUUCUGAGUGGUCUCCCAAGUGCUCAUGAUCAUGCGCAUCCUUAUGCAUCUUAUGGCCAUGAUCCUUAUACCAGCAUGGCGGCUUCGGCAAAUCCAUCUCCGGCUUUCGCACCACAUGCUUAUCUGAAUGCAAACGGUACCCCUACAUUCGGACAUGCAUCUCCCCAACAACCAAAUAUCUUCAGUGAGGCAGGAUUGUCAAGGAUGGAUCCUUCUGUUUCACUCCAUAGUCCAAUGAGAGAUAACUUUGUAAUGGGUGUUAGCAAUGUCGGUCAUACUCCUCUAGGUGUUACUGCUGGCGAAGACAAACUUUUGGGAGAUAGGAUGUUUGAACAACUCACGAAUGUCAGUGGAGAUGAGGAGCCAAUCGGGAAUAAAGAGACAACAUCGAUUGAUAGGAAACCAAUAGAUGAUGAUAAAGAUUCAGCCGAUGCGACUAAAUGGGAUGUGGAAAAUAAUAACAUCGAGUUGUUCUUCGAUGCACCUUGA